UAUUGACGAAAUUUUGAAAGACCAUUUGCUGUUUUCCUUCAGUUUGCUUCACUAAAGUUGUCGCGGACAGCAACUUGAAAUAACUGCGGGAAAGCAUAGAAGGAAAAAGAGAGAGAGAGAGAACCCUGUCCUAACGUUUUACUUCAUGGAUGCCAGAGAAGAAGAAGGAGCCACUACUCCUGCUCCUGCUGCUGCUUCUGCUUCUGAGUCUUCUCCUCUUUCAACACAAAGCACCAUUUAUUCCUAUCCCAGGACUAAGAAAAGAAAGUCACGAGGGUCCAAGGCAAAACUGACCCAGAUCCAUGAGGAGUCUCCAGAACCUAAUAGCGGCACUGAACUUGGCUUAUGUGAUAAAUUCAGCAAGUCUACAAGCUACAAACAAAAGAGGGCUGUGGUCAAUGAUUUCUAUGAUGGCUCUGAAUCUAAGUCUUCUGCUAUGGAGCGGGCAGAAGAGAUUCUGGGAAGUUUAGAAGCUUCAUUACCUAGCUUUGCCAAGGCUUUGGUUCGCUCAAAUGUUACUGUUGGAUUUUGGAUGCAUCUUCCUAUGCGAUUUUGCAAACUACAUUUGCCAAAGCAUGAUACCUCGGUUUUCUUGGAAACCGAAAAUGGAGAAGAAUACGUAAUAAAUUAUAUUUCAGAAAGGACAGCACUGAGUGGUGGAUGGAAAGCAUUCUGCGCUGCACACGAGUUGCAUGAGGGUGAUGUCCUUGUUUUCCAUUUAGUCAAACCUUUAAAGUUUAAGGUGUACAUUGUGCGGGCAACUGUUUCAGCCAAAGCUAAUGGGAAGUUAGAUAUUCAGAAAGUGGAUACUCCUGAAAAACAAAUCACCACAGAAAAUCAAGCUGAGGAGGACAUACAAGAGCAUAAAAAGCGCAAGCAUUUGGAGCUUCCUCCAGCAGACCUGCAGAAUAAUAACCAGGAGAAAAGCCUAAUGGUUUUGAAUGAAGAGCCUAUAGCAACUAAAACUGAGAAUGACACUGAAGACCACAGCUUGAAAACGUCGGAAGUUGUCACAUCUUCAGGAUCUGCUGUUGAUUUUAAGGAUGUGGGAAGCAUUGAAAGUUUCAGCAUUCUCAUCAAUGGUCUGGCUUUAGAAUCUGAGCUCUCUUAUCAACAAAGGACUAAGUACUACGAGUUAUGCUGCUCACAAGGAUCAUUUCUGCAUGACAAUCUUCUCAAGAGUAUUAAUUAUAAAUUGGCAGCAGAAAUAAUAAUUGAAACUGUUAAUAUUUCAGAGGCCAUCAAAGCUUCCAACCUUACCAGCUCUCUUGCAGAUUUUGCGGUUUGGGACAAGACUCUAAAAGGCUUUGAGCUUCUGGGUAUGAGCGUUGGCUUUUUACGAUCUCGGUUGAGCCGACUAAUGAACCUUGCUGCAGAAUCAGAACAGGCAGUUGAAUCAGAGUGUAGAGAAUAUAGAUUAGAACAAGCUCGUAUAGAUGAUGAGAUGAGAAGUCUUGAAUCGAAGCUUAUGGAAUUGAAAGAGGAAAGGGAAAGGCUAGAUGCUGAGAUAGAGGCUCUGAAGGUGAAUGCAGAGAGGCAUGAGAGGAUGUUUCAGGAAGCAGUAAAUGCUCCAUGGUAGCAAAAUGGUUUCCUGAGGAACUCAAGCUUAUGUUCGAAGAAGAAAUAGAUGAAGGGGAAGCAUUUCUUAUCCUGACAAAGUACUAAUGUAAUAGGUGUAGGAGUAUUGUAAUUCAUUGUCAUUAAAUUAGUUAUAGUCAUGUGUUAUAUAUCAAGUAGCAGAGGAGAUACUGUGGGCUAUAUGGGUUCAUGAGUUCUUACCAUUUUGAUUCAUCAUAUUAAUGUGAAUUAUCUUAGGAGGCUGAAUUAUUAUUA